AUGACAGACAUAACCAAAACAUUUCGUGCAAUCAUAAAAGCGAAGCAAAUCUCGAGUGAUUUCAAUCUUGGAUUAGGCAAACGUUCGAAAAAGAAUGAAAAAAUCUCAACAGGAUUUUUAUCUCAAGCAAAGAUCAUUCUAAGUGACAUCACAAAACUGAAAUAUUCUUUAUUAGAAUCUCGAACGAAUUAUCUUAGUCCAAUUUACCUUCUCUCUUCAACAAACAAGAUUAUGAAUGACGAACAACGGCAUGACUACGAACAGCAUGUCGAGAGACAAAUUAAACGUUGUCGAGACAAUCUUGAAGAAUUGAAAUCUUCGAUUGGAUUGAUUUGCUUUCAAGGACAACGACGUGCACAUUUCGAGUUAGUUUGUGCAUACUUAGAACGUGAUCUUGUCGAAUGUACAAAGAUUUACAGUGAACAAAAAUGUUUACGAUACAAACGUGAAUCCGAAAGGAAGAAAAUUGGAAGAUUAGACAACGACGUCCUACGAGUCACUUUGAGCGCUAAUAAGAAUACAACGGAAAAUUUAGUCGAAAAUACCAAGAAUGAGAACAACUCGGAAAUGAUCGUCACCAGAAUUUCGCAAUUCGACGCAGAUGAACAAGAGCAUCAGAUUCCAUCAGCACCAUUGAAGUCGACUGAAUUACAUCAAUUACAAUUGGAAAAUGAUCGCUUGUAUCAUGAUGUCGCACAACGUAGUGAGGAAAUUCACGCCAUAUCAACUCAAGUUGUCGAAAUUGCUCAACUACAGAACGAAUUAUUUGAUAACAUCUUCAGUCAAAAGGAUCUCAUUCAAAAUGUUGAUGCCGCAGCAGUGGCAAGUAAUGAUGACUUAGCUGCUGCGAUUAUACACAUUCGUGAUGCGAUCAGAAACACUGCUCAAAUGCGUCGUUGGGUGAUCUUUUUCUUACUUGUUAUGAUUUUUUCACUUCUUUUUCUCGAUUGGUACAAUAUGACUGAGACGAGUUCGAGUGAGAGCGAUGUUGAGGAGACAGAAGAUGACAAUGUUUUACCGAUCUCGUCGCAUGUAAACAUUGUUCAUGGAUUGAAAACUGUUUCGUGUUUAACGUUGGAUUCCAACGGAAUUCGUAUGAUUACUGGUGGACAUGAUGAAACUAUGAAAAUGUUUGACUUUACAUCAAUGGAUAAACAUUUUCAAGCAUUCCGAACAAUUCAACCUUGUCCCGGACGAUUAUUGCGUGCAAUUGAAUAUAGUGCCAAUAACGAUAUGAUUUUAAUCAUUCCUGGUGAUUGUCAAGCGAUUGUAGUCAAUCGAGAAGCUUCUGGAAAACAUAUUGUUUACAAAACCGUACUUGGUGAUAUGUAUGUCAAAGAUAUGAAUCGCACGAAAGGUCACAAAGCUUUGCUAAAUUAUGGUUGUUGGAAUCCAUCGGUAAAUUCUCAAGAAUUUAUGACAUGCGCCGAUGAUUGUACAUUGCGUCUUUGGUCGUUAAAUAAACGCGAUCAACAAGUCGAUGUAAUUCGUACGAAGGGCGAAUCGGGUCGCGAUGUUCGAACAACAACUUGUACAUACAGUCAAUCUUUAUAUUCCAAUGAAAAUUGUAAUUUAAUUGCUGCUGGUUGUGAGAACGGUAAUAUACUUGUUUGGGAUCGUCGACGGUCAUUUGUUCAUGUAACAUUCAAAUGUGUCAACGCACAUUUACAAGAUCAUUCGAUCACAGCAUUAAAAUGGUCAUAUGAUAAUCAGAUAUUGGCAUCACGAUCAACAGAUCAUACGUUAAAGAUUUGGGACAUUCGAAAAUUUAAUCAAUGUUUAUCCUUAAAUGAAAAUCUACCAAAUCAAUUCUCCAUGACGAAUAUCUCAUUUUCUCCGAAUGACCAAUUUCUAGUAACUGGUGUGUCGAAAUUGAAUAAUUUAAGUGAAUCAGAUUCGGGUGGUAAAUUGGUGAUUUUCAAUCGGAAUGAUUUGUCGAAACCGAUCGAGGAAAUUCUCUUUAAUGACAGUGUUAUUCGAACAAAUUGGCAUCCGAAAUUAAAUCAAAUUUUCGCGACGACAAACAAUGGUCUUGUUCGAGCUUUUUAUGACGAAGAGCGUUCGCCAAUGGCUGGAGUUCGUCUUUGUUUGAAUCGAAAGGAGAGAAAAGACAAAUCGACAAAUGAUUUCAUCGCAAACAUCAAUCCAAUUGAUUCAUCUGAACCGAUUGAAGAGACGCGCGAAAUAUAUCCGGAGAAGAAUCCACAAGGAGACAAGAAACCAUCUUCGUUGCAUCAACAUAUCGUUCAAACAAUGACCCGAUCGAAUCUUCAUGAAAAAGAAGAUCCACGAGCGGAAUUACUAAAACAUGCUGAAGAAGCGGAGCGAAAUCCGAAAUGGGUCACACCAGCCUAUGUACAUACACAACCUAAACCUAUAUUUCAACAGCAGCUUGACGAAGAAGAAGGAGACAAUGAUGAUUUUGUACCAAUAUUCAAAAAAGCACGAAAAAACUAA